UCCCGGGGUGCCCGCGGCGGUGGCCGCAGCCCGGCCGCGUGACCCGCGCGCGCCAAUGGCCCGGCGGUCUCCGGGGCGACGCGGAGGGUCCGCGCUCCGCCGCCACCGCGCCCCCGCCCCGAGUCCGCACUGCAGAGAGUGGCGGCGAGCAGGCGCCGGCGCGCUGGCCCACGUGCCGCGCGGAGAGAGGGACCGCGAGAGGAAGCGGGAGAGGCGCGCGAGAGAGCCGGGGAGAGAGGCGCGCACCACCCGGCCGCUGCGCCGCGCAGCCCCUGCGCCCCUCCUGCUGGGCCCUCCGCCGGGAAAGACCCCGACCCACAGGAAGGCUGUGCAGACCUGGUCUGUCUCCUGUCGCCCUGGGACUUGACUCUGAUAUAUGUGCAUCACGCAGUGAUCAUUCCCCCCUCAACUAGACUCCGCAGAGCCUGGGGACAUGCCAUUGACCCUGUUGCAGGAUUGGUGUAGGGGGGAACACCUGAACACCCAGCGGUCCAUGCUCAUCCUGGGGAUUCCUGAGGACUGUGGUGAGGAUGAAUUCGAGGAGACUCUUCGGGAGGCUCUCAGGCACCUGGGCAGGUAUAGGGUCAUUGGUAGGAUGUUUAGGAGGGAAGAGAAUGCCCAAGCGUUUCUCUUGGAGCUUGCCCAAGAUAUUGACUAUUCUUUGAUCCCCAGGGAAAUACCUGGAAAGGGAGGGCCUUGGGAAGUGGUUGUAAAACCUCGGAACUCAGAUGGGGAAUUUCUCAAUAGACUGAACCGCUUCUUAGAGGAAGAAAGGCGGACAGUGUCUGACAUGAACAGGGUGCUUGGAUCGGACAUCAACUGUCCUGCUCCAAGACUGGCCAUAUCUCCUGACUUCUGGACUUGGGCCCAGACCCUGGGGGCCGCAGUGCAGCCACUGCUAGAACAAGUGUUGUACAGAGAACUAAGAGUGUUUUCUGGGAACACUGUGUCCAUCCCAGGGGCAUUGGCCUUUGAAGCCUGGCUUGAGCACACCACUGACAUGCUACAGAUGUGGCAGGUCCCCGAGGGUGAAAAGAGGCGGCGGCUGAUGGAGUGCUUGCGGGGCCCCGCUCUGCAGGUGAUCAGCGGGCUGCGGGCCAGCAAUGCUGCUAUAACUGUGGAGGAGUGCCUGGCCGCCCUGCAGCAGGUGUUUGGACCUGUGGAGAGCCGCAAAAUUGCCCAUGUAAAAUUUUGUAAGGCCUAUCAGGAGGUAGGAGAGAAAGUCUCCAGCUUUGUGUUGCGUUUGGAACCCCUGCUCCAAAGAGCCGUAGAAAAAAAUGCAGUGUUACGGAGGAAUGUGAAUCAGGCUCGCCUGAAACAAGUCUUAAGUGGGGCUACCCUUACUGACAAACUUCGAGACAGGCUUAAGCUGAUGAAACAGCGAAGGAAGCCACCUGGUUUCCUGGCACUGGUGAAGCUCCUACGUGAGGAAGAGGAGUGGGAGGCCACUUUUGGUCCAGACAGGGAGAGGAUACCAGGGCUAGAUGCAGGCAUAAGGUCAUCUGCCAGAGCCAACGCUUUCAGAGCAGUGUCCUUCCCUGCCCCUGGCAACACUCUUCAGGCCAGGCCUUCCCAAGGCUUCAGACGCAGGAGGGGCAGGGGACAGCACCGAAGGGGACGUGUGCUAAGGGCCAGGUCUCGAGGUUCAAGAAAACGGAAACACCACACGUUCUGCUAUAGCUGUGGAGAAGAUGGCCACAUUAAGGCGCAGUGCAGCAAUGCUCCAAACCUGCUCUUGGUAAGGCAGAGGAGACAGGCUGCAGCAGAGUCGGGAAAUGGGAACUGGGCUUGGGAAAAGAGCCAUCCCAAGCCCAAGGCCAAGUAGGCUCCGGAGAACAGGGCAGCUCCUCUUACUACAGGCCAAGGAAAUGGAAGAGUUAUUGCAAGAAUGGAAAGGGGCAGUCCA